CACCGAGCCAGGAGGUGGCGCUGAACUGAAGAAAAAGGAAAUUGGCAGAGCGUUAAAAACACAUGCGAGUUUUUACUGUUGUACGUCAUUAACUGCUAUUCUGUCUUGGAAAAAUGAGUGUGGAUACUUUUGGGCCAAAUUCGCAAACGCUCACUUUCCUCGACACAGAGGAAAACGAUCUACUAGGGGCGGACACACAGGGAACAGAUUUCGAUUUUCGCGAUUUUACUUUACCGAGUCAAACUCAGGCUUCACAACUUGAUCAUGCCAGCCUACACAAAUCAAUGGGAAAACAUCAGGCCAAUGGGUUGGACUCGAUAGAUUCACAGCUUGCUUCUGCGAUGAAAAAUUUGAAUGACUUACAGUUUGAAGAAGAAGAUGAAGAGGGCUACUACAGCAAAGAUUUGCCACCACAUGCUUGCAAGUAUUGUGGCAUUCAUGAUCCAGGUUGUGUUGUGAUGUGCAAUCUUUGCAAGAAAUGGUUCUGUAAUGGAAAAGGGAACACUUCAGGUUCCCAUAUUGUGAAUCAUCUUGUGAGAGCCAAACAUAAAGAGGUUACUCUGCACCGUGAUGGACCUCUAGGGGAAACGGUUUUGGAAUGCUACUCCUGUGGUGUCAGGAAUGUUUUUGUUUUGGGUUUUAUUCCUGCCAAAGCUGACUCAGUUGUGGUUCUACUAUGCCGUCAACCUUGUGCAGCUCAGUCAUCUUUGAAAGACAUGAACUGGGACAUUGAACAGUGGAAACCCCUUAUAGCCGACCGUUGUUUCCUUAGUUGGCUUGUCCGCAGCCCUUCAGAAGCCGAACAGAUGAGAGCUCGGCAGUUGACGGCUCAGCAGCUAAACCGUUUGGAAGAGAUGUGGAAAGAGAAACCUGAAGCCAGCUUUGAAGACUUGGAACGUCCUGGCGUUGAUGAGGAACCGCAACACGUGUUGCUUCGAUAUGAAGAUGGUUACCAAUACCAGAACAUUUUUGGUCCAUUAGUGAAACUUGAAGCUGACUACGAUCGGCGAGUUAAGGAAGCCCAAACUCAAGAUAAUGUUCACGUUCGCUGGGACGUUGGUCUCAAUAAAAAGACGGUCGCUUACUUUAGUCUUCAAAAGACAGAUAGCGACAUGAAACUAAUGCACGGUGAUGAGCUAAGACUUCGGUACCUUGGGGAAUUACACAAGCCUUGGACCGGUUUGGGGCAUGUGAUUAAACUUCCGGAUAACUACGGCGAAGAAGUCGGAAUUGAAUUAAAGAAUUCAAACGGAGCGCCUACAGAAUGCUCCACUAAUUUCGUUGUGGAUUUUGUUUGGAAGUCAACGUCUUUCGAUAGGAUGCAAUCAGCUUUGAGGAAGUUUGCUGUUGAUGAAAGCAGUGUAUCAGCUUACAUUUAUCAUCGUUUGCUCGGGCACGAGGUUGAAGAUGUCGUUUUUCGCCUUCAUCUCCCGAAACAUUUUUCCGCUCCUGACCUGCCUGAGCUUAAUCGAUCUCAGGUGUUUGCUGUGAAGCAAGCUGUCCAACGACCAUUGACGUUAAUUCAGGGACCACCUGGUACCGGAAAAACAGUGACAUCGGCCACUAUCGUUUAUCAUCUGGCCAAACUUGGAUCAGGACCAGUAUUAGUUUGCGCCCCGUCCAACAUCGCUGUCGAUCAAUUGACUGAAAAAAUCCACCGAACUGGAUUGAAAGUGGUGCGACUUUGUGCGAAAUCUCGAGAGGCAAUCGACUCGCCAGUUUCGUUCCUAGCCUUGCACAACCAAGUUCGAUGCCUUGAAGGGGCUUCGGAAUUGCGGAAGUUGGUUCAACUCAAAGAAGAAGUCGGUGAACUGUCACAAGGAGAUGAAAAGCGAUACCGUAUGCUGAAGCGACAAGCAGAACGAGAGCUUCUUGAAGCAGCGGAUGUUUUGGCUUGCACCUGCGUUGGUGCCGGUGAUGUUCGCCUGGCACGAAUUAAAUUUGCUUCUAUUUUGAUUGACGAAUCUAUGCAAGCCACCGAACCUGAAUGCAUGGUUCCUGUCGUUCUGGGGGCUAGACAGCUCAUUCUUGUUGGAGAUCAUUGUCAGUUGGGACCAGUUGUGAUGUGUAAGCCAGCUGCUAAAGCUGGUCUCUCGCAAUCACUUUUCGAACGAUUUGUGGUACUUGGAAUCCGGCCUUUCCGUUUGGAAGUGCAGUAUCGAAUGCACCCCCGUCUUUCCGAGUUCCCGUCCAAUUUCUUCUAUGAGGGUUCGCUGCAAAAUGGUGUGUGUGCCGAGGACCGUAUCCUUCGAGGUGUGGACUUCCCUUGGCCCAUGCCAGAUAGGCCCAUGUUCUUCUAUGUUACUUUGGGCCAAGAAGAAAUUGCUGGCUCUGGAACAUCCUAUUUGAACAGAACCGAAGCAUCCAACGUUGAAAAGAUCGCUACGCGAUUCUUGCGAUCAGGAGUCAAACCAGAGCAAAUUGGCAUCAUCACACCUUAUGAAGGACAGCGAGCUUACCUCGUGCAGUACAUGCAACACCAGGGAUCACUACACGCUAAACUAUAUCAGGAUAUCGAAAUCGCUAGCGUUGACGCUUUCCAGGGUCGAGAAAAAGACAUUAUAAUCAUGUCGUGCGUACGCUCCAACGAAAACCAAGGAAUCGGUUUCCUUAAUGAUCCUCGUCGAUUGAACGUGGCCAUGACUCGCGCACGUUACGGAAUUAUCAUUGUUGGCAACCCCAAGGUGUUGGCCAAACAACCCGUGUGGAAUCACCUGCUUCACUUUUACAAAGAAAACCAUGUUCUGACAGAGGGAGCUCUUAAUAAUCUCAAAGAAUCGAUGAUGCAGUUUCCUAAACCAAAGAAACCUGUCAAUAGUUUUAAUCCCGGUCAGCAUUUCAUGUCUACCGCCGUGUACGAUGCCCGCCAGGCCAUGGUCCCUGGUUCUGUCUACGAUCGAUCGGGUGGAGGUCAACCCCCUAACAACAACGGAAUCAACACCUACAUCCCGCGAGCAACAGCCAAUGUCGGCGAUCCUUACAGCCGUCUGCACGAUCCAAUUGGCUACAUUGCUCCUGAACGAGCCCAAGCUGCACUUUCUGCUAUGCCCGUUCCGCUUGGGGUCUUUAUGAAUAUGACACACGUCCCACCUAGAUUCCACGGACAACAGCAACAAGGAAUGCAUAGUAAUUCGAAGCCUAAUCAAAGACCAAAAGAAAAUGCUCGUACAAGUGGACCUCGAGCUGGGAAAGCUGCCAACAAAGGAAAUUCUUCGCUGUUUACCCAGUCACUUUCGCAGAAUACACAGGAUGUCUCUACCCAGCCCUUCAGCCAGGGAGGCAUGGCUCUGACACAGGGAAUGUCACAGGGUAUGUCGCAAACAGUUUCGGGUUUCGGCGCCCUAUCACAGUCGGGUCUAUCCCAGUUAGAUCCUUCUCAAGACCCAUACCUUUCGUCAGACUAUCAGUCACAAAUGGAUGGGUUGCUCUCCCAAGAUUCUACGUAUCAAGGAGGGCGUUCGGCCUUCUUCCGCCAUGGCUCCCAGUUCACGCAGCCGUACUGAAAACUGUAAGGCGUUGCAGUAACAAA